UACUACAUCAAAAGUCACUGUCUUGUAUCUAGUCUACCUAUUUCUACGAAGAUAUAUAAAUAUAAUUUCGAGUAAAUUCGUGGAAUAGAUUGAACUACCCGGGCUUCCAAGCAACGGGGAUAUCCACGAAACAAAUGAAGAUCUAUGCAGCAUGGUACGCCGCUUGCACUGUGCUCUGUGUUUGCGCGCAUCCGUCGAGAGAUCGAUCUAACGAGAUGUACAUUAGCAGCUCGAGAUCGUUCAAUCCAAAAUCAGCUAAUGGCUACGGUUUCGAGAAGCAGCUAUCUGCGACUAAAUUGUUCGAGAUUCUCGAGGAAGAUAGCGAAGAGUUCGAGGAGAGGAGACCAUCUACAAUGAGAGCGAUCGUUACGAAGGCAAAGAUCAGUCCGGUCUUGUUACCCUUGAUUAUAGAACCUGAAGCGGAAAUGUUGCCGGUCGGUUAUAAGGGCGUGAAGCCACCUGGAGUCACCCAUAUGGAACUUGCGUUUGCGAAACCGCAAAGCAACCCAAGUCGCAAAAGUGCGACCUUACGAGCCUCGGCGACGGACGACGGGAACUCUGGUAAAUCCAACAGAUUUAAUCAAGAUAACGAUGCGCAUUAUGCUGCGUCAAAGUAUGAGACGCAAGUUGCGAGAGAUGAACAUGGUACCGACAGCCUCGCCGUCUUCGAGGUAGGUUCGAAGGGCGACACGAAAAAGGAGAACGAAAAGGUUGAGUACUCCGAAGUCUCUGGUGAGAGUAAAAGCCAUUCCGAAAACGAGGAUCGCGCGAAGAAUCAUAAAGAAGAAGUUGCGAAAAAGAAGGGAGCUAUCUACGAGACAAGAGAUGGUCACGAGAAAGCUCAUAACACCGCCGGAUAUCGUAACGUUUAUCACAAAGAUGAGUUCAAGAAGGACGCUGAUUUCUACAGCAACGGGCGUCGGGGUGGACAUUUCAAGAACCAUGGUCGAUACGGCGAAAAACACGCUGCUGCUGAAGGCAAAUACGCGAAAAGCAGAAAUAACGAUUCCAGAUUCGUCGAGGUGGAAGCCAACAAGUAGAGAAACGAAAAAAAGAUGAGACAGCAAAUCGAGAAGCCUAAGAUCACCCUAAGACGGAUUCUUCGGGAACUUGGGCGGAUUCAUAAAGCAGGCUUAACGAGGGGUUGAAAGUUCGCUUUCAGCAACGACGGUUUAUGUUAACAUGUAUGACGCUUGCGUGAGCCGCAAUAGUACAAUAUUAUAGCAGCUAAUUCAAAGAUAAAUAUAAAAAGGUUCGAACAAAUGUACAAUAUACGUAUUCAAAAAUGUAUUGUAUAUUCAAACAUUUAUCGUAUUCCACCUCAUUUGGUACGCGCGUUGCACAUUUAAUGAAAUAUAAAAUUAUU